CGUGCCGCGCCUGCACUCACACAUCACUCCCAGGCAAGCAGUAACCGAGCUAACCAACGCUGCAUCGGCCAGCUACAGCCAGUGAUCACUGCUACGCUCUUGUGACAUCGCCAGUAACUCUUCACGAUGCGAACCCUCGCCUCAGCUCUAUGGGUGUUGGUGGUGCUGACACGCACGGCUUACGGAGCAUCUAUAGAACUCGGAAAGGAAGACGCUUUGCCUGAUGUCAUUGUUGGAGACCCGCACCAUCCUGAGAACGACAUCCUUGGCGCCCCCAUCACCGAGGAGGAGGUGAAGGCCGGCCUGGAGCUGAAGAUUACGGUGCCUGAGGAAGAUCCCAUUUCUAAGUCCGGCUACUUCCAGGGAGACAUUAUGAUCGACACACGCGACCACCUAGCUCAGAUUAUCGAGGGUGAUCCAACGGGGCAGCACAGCGCCACCAGCAACCGGCAACUGCUCUGGCCAGGCGGCAAAAUGUACUAUGUCAUCUCCGCUUCCUACACGUCCAGUGAGAGACAGAUUAUCGCACGUGCCAUGACGGAACUCUCCCAGAAGACCUGCCUCUCCUUCCAGCCCAGGACCUCCCAGCGAGACUACAUACACAUCCUCAGAGGCCAAGGAUGUUCUAGUGCCGUGGGGAAGGUGGGCGGCGCGCAGUCCCUGUCCCUGGGUGCGGGAUGUGUGCACGUGGGCGUGGUGAUGCACGAACUCAUGCACGCCGCUGGGUUCUGGCACGAGCAGUCCCGCUACGACCGAGAUUCCUACGUGAUCAUCAGGUGGGAGAACAUCAUGUACGGACUCGGGUUUAACUUCGAUAAGAAGUCCAACGCUGUCACCACUAACCUCGGGCUGCCCUACGACUACGACUCCAUCAUGCAUUACGGUCCCAACGCCUUUUCCCGCGGCACAGGGCCCACCAUCGUCCCCAAGCAGAGCGGCGUCUACAUUGGCCAGCGCGAAAGGCUGUCCACGAAUGACGUAAAGGGCAUCAACAUGCUGUACCAGUGCUCAGGUCCCCAGCCAACCACGGUGCCCCCGACCUCAGCCUGCAAGGACAACAACCAGCACUGCGCCGCCUGGGCCUCCGCCGGAUACUGCAGCUCCAAAUAUCUGACUACCAACUGCCGGAAGUCCUGCAAUGUCUGUGAAUCGACAGGGUGCACCGACGAGGCUCAGUUUUGCUCCGACUGGGCCGCCAAGGGAGAGUGCCAGAAGAACCCACUCUUCAUGAAGGAGAAGUGCCGCCGCUCGUGCAACGCUUGUGGAACCCCAUCCUCCUGCCAGGACACCAACGUGAACUGCGAAAGCUGGGCCAGCCAGGGAGAGUGCACGCGCAACCCUGGCUUCAUGAGAAUAGGGUGCCGCAAGUCCUGUGGCGUCUGCUGAGCCUCGACACCCUUGCCUUCAAGACGCCUCCUCAACACCCAACAUUGGAUUUUUGACGCUAAAGUUUAUGUUAUCAUCCAUAUCAUAGGAAAAACAUGUAAAAAAAAUAUUUAUGUACAUUUGGUCAUACUAAAGAUAAAUUAAUUCAAA